UGCCAAACUACACCUUCAUCAUAUGCUGUCACAUACUUUCAUUACAUAGCUCUAGCAGUGCUCUCUCUUGAAAUGGCUGUUAGCUUGAGUUUCAUUAUUGGCAUUAUUGGCAAUAUAAUUUCUAUACUGGUUUUUACAUCUCCCAUAAAAACUUUCUGGGGUGUGUUGAAGGUGAAAUCAACAGAGAACUACCAAGGGCUUCCAUACAUAACCACACUUCUGAGUACAAGCUUGUGGACAUUCUACGGUAUUUUAAACCCAGAUGGUUUACUUAUCAUGACAGUUAAUGGCGCUGGUGCCAUCUUCCAACUAAUCUACGUGACCAUCUUUCUUAUCUAUGCUCCCAUGGACAAGAAGGUAAAAACAGGGAAAUUGUUUGCCAUUUUGGAUGUUGGAUUUUUUGGAUCAGUAAUCGUGUUGACUCUGUUUGCUAUACGUGAAGAACUAAAGCUUACCUUUGUUGGAAUUUUGUGUUCUGCAUUAACCAUAGCCAUGUAUGCCUCACCUCUUACAGUCAUGGGGUUGGUGAUUAGAAUGAAGAGUGUGGAUUACAUGCCUUUUUUCCUCUCAUUUUUCUUAUUUUUAAAUGCUGGGAUUUGGUCUAUUUAUGCUGUGCUGGUCAAAGACUACUUCAUUGGUAUACCAAAUGCAAUAGGAUUUGUAUUGGGGUGUGCUCAGCUUAUACUAUACUCCAUGUACAAGAACAAGUCCAAAAAACCCAUAGAGAUAUUGGAGGAAGAAGGGUCAGCGACUCUGGUAAAAGAAAGAGCAAUAGAAAUGCAAGAACACGGUGUUGGUGCUAAAGUAGUUGAUUUGAAGAAUAAGAACCUUAGCAAGGGAGUCAGUUUACCAAAGCCAUUGAUAAAGCGUCUAUAUAGCAUGCCAACUAAGAUCAUGAAAACUAUUUCCUUGAAUUCCUAUGAUUUGGACUCAGCUUGGGCCCUUGGGAUUGUGGAAGACAUUGAAGCUGCGGAAAAGAAAUCAGCCUUAGUUUAAAUUUACAACCAGUUGGGCUUCUGUCAAUUUAGGACAAAAAAAUAUUAGAUAAUAGAGGAAUUUGGUUAAGAGGUGUCACUUUUUUUAUGUAUACUAUUAAUGUGGUAUCAUACUUAUGUUUGAAGCAGAUUUUAAUUAAAAAAAAUGCUUAUAUCUUAACAAAAUUACUUAUGCUA